UAAGGGCUCUGUUCCUAGCUAAUAUACACUCUGUUUACACUCUGUUUACACAACGCUGCUAGAUAGUCAAUCUCUUUGACUUCUCUGAGGAUUCUGGUCCGCUUGGUAUUGAUUUGUUAACCUUUGUUUAAUCCGGGUAAAAAUCCUUUGAGGUUAAACAUGAGGAAGUGAGGAAGAGCUGGAAAGAAUCCCGACACAAACAGCAGGAAGUACUGAAUACUAAUGUUAUUGUAGGAGUUUAAAGGAGAAUGAAAUUGGUCAUGUAAUUGGUUUGUGUGUGUGCCUGCUUGUAUGCGUGUUUGUGUGUAUGCGUGUGUGUGGUGUGUGUGCUGUGCAUGCGUGUGUGUGUGUGUGUGUGUGUGGUGUGUGUACCCUUCCCUGCAGGAUCCCUCCCAACGUGCGUGACAUAGUGUACUGUACAGGCGUGUCUCUGAUGGAUGAGGACGUGUGGGAGUUUAUCUGGAUGAAGUUCCACUCCACAACAGCCAUCUCAGAGAAGAAGGUUCUCCUGGAGGCUCUCACCUGCAGCGACAAUGGCUUCCUGCUCAACCGGCUGCUGAAUCUUUCUCUGAGCUCAGAUUUGGUCCCAGAUCAAGAUGUCAUCGAUGUCAUCAUCCACGUGGGAAGGAACCCGCAUGGAAGACACUUAGCCUGGAGGUACUUCAGGGAGAAGUGGGACAUCUUGAAUUCACGGUACGGAGAGGCGUUAUUCAUGACUUCUAAGCUAAUCAGUGGGGUGACUGAAUUCCUAAACACAGAGACGGAGCUGAAUGAGCUGAAGGAGUUUAUCCAGAUCAGUGGAGGUGGAGCGGGGCCGGCGUUGGCCCGGGCCGUGGAGAUCGUGGAGGCCAACGUGAGAUGGCACAGUCUCUACGAACGCCAGAUCUUCCAGUGGCUAAGGAAGUCUCCCAACGGUUAACACACAGCCAACAGGGUUCAGCCCAAGCAUGGCAUCUCUCUGACACUAUUACAGACCCAACAACAUCAGGCGGAGAAAAAAAAUAUCAGAAAACAUGAAUAUGUUAAUUUGAAUUGCAAAAUAAGACAUUUCCCCGGCCUCCCCCCCCCCCCAAAAAAAAAAAACUUGAUGAGAAAGUCACUGGCAAACCGGAGAGAGAGGGAACAGUGAAGACAGACGACGUGAUUGGCUCAGAUGACCUUAGUCUGACCGACCGUUUGGACGGUGGAUUUGAUUAGGUAUAAAUAUUGCAUGGUGGCUUUCAUCUCCAGUGACAGUUUCCUUUUUUCAACGCAUGGUUUUCCACCCCUCUGAUUGGUUGUCCACUAAGCUGACCCCUGUGACCUUUUCAAUGACCUUUGAACCUCCGGUCAACUCUUUAGUAGCCUAUGAGGAGAAAGACAAACUAGAGCUACAAGAGGCACGGGAAGAGGACCUGGCGGCAUUAUGAUACAACUGGGACAAGCACAAGUAUUAUCAUUUUUGGUUCAAUGAUGACAAUCAUUAUUUUGAUUGGGACAACAACAACAAAAAACAGAAAUAUAAAUUAUAACGAAAUAAAAGAAUAUGUGUACCUAAAUGUUUUGGACCUUAACCUUCUCUUUUGAGCCAUACUGAGGUGGACUUUGUGACGUCUGGAACAUUUAGACAGGGGGACGUGGCGGCUGAAGUGAUGUUCAUUGUUGUGCGUGGUGUGUUCCAUAAUAACUUAUCCUCCUUCCUCAGCCAAUAAGGUUUCCCUAAAUGACAUUACGCCAGGGGAAGACUCUGCAGAACCCAGGAGGCAGGUUGGAAGCAGGAACAAGGGGACUCCCCAUAACCCGAAGGAGUCACUAUUGAUUAUUGAUCGAUUAUCGUUAAAUGACAUCAUUUAUAUUUGCUGAUUAACACCGGAGUCUCCUUUGGAUUAUACCGUCUUGGUGUUUGAGUGAAAAUAAAAAAUGAAACUGUUGUGAGUUGCAGGUUGAUAUUCUGUGUGCAAAAUGGUCCACGUUGCUGAUGGGACUGAGAGCCAGUGGAUACAGUCUGUGUGAGCCGCAGUGUAGUAAUGCUGACAUAUAGAAACUUACGUUGUUUUGGUCAAACGUCAUGCUUGGGUUUUCAUGUGCCGCUAAUUACUUCAUAAAAAAGUUUCACUCAGAAACCGUAUUUUAAGCAAAAGCAGAGGUAAUAUGCUCCAAUAUUCCUGACAGAUAUUACUAGUUUUGUUGCUACCCUGCAAAGCCCAGGAAACUUAACAGGCCGAUGCUAACAGCUAGCUGGAAAUACUCUGUGGACUCGUUUCAUGAAGAAUAGAACAUAAUAAUGACUUUUUACUGUUGACACUUGGCUGGUAGAGCAAAUCCCCAUUGGGUUUACUGGGGAGUCCAUUGCUCUUAUUUUCUGUGUAAAAGUCAGUGCUAUUUAUAUCCUCUAUGGCUAAUCCCUGAUACUGUAGACCUCAAGAAGAAAACCGUUGCAGCCCUUCACCAUCUUUUCCUUUCUUGUUGUUGUUUUGAUGUGUUAAAAAAGUUGUUUUUUUCUAAAUGAGGGACUAUAUUGUUCUGUGUUUUGAGCAGAGCAGCAAUGGGAUUUUAACGCUGAUAAAUAAAUUAUUUUGUACAGUAA